AGACGCUGUUCCGGCACGAGAUGAGCUAUGUCCCGCCACCGUCGAAUAGUGGUGCUUCUUCCUCAGCAGGUCUACUUUCGACAACAAUUGCGGACAUCAGCGCUAGCCGUUUGCAGUCAGUCAUGAGCUCCACAACGGGCUUCGAUAUCAUCAACCAAACCGAAGUAAUUAAGCCGGGCGUCCAUGCGGUGUCCUCCUCUGUCGCGGACUACAGGUUUAUCGCGAAUUCUUCCCUGAGCUACGAUUUAGUGGAAAAUUACAACUCGCCAGACAACCAACUACAGGCGGGAGUAGUGCAGCAGUCUAGUACUUCUUCGAACAACUUUCUCGUCGCGUUUAUGAAGGAGGAAGUGAUGCCAAUUAUCCCGGAAACGGCGCUCAUCAAGAACGAUUUUCCGGAAGUUGUCGAGCAGGAAACAAUAUGAAAUGCAAAAGUAUCGUAAGUAGUACUCGUAUAAAUGCAUUACAAAUGUCCUCAGCAUGAGAAAUAAAAUUUGUAAUGCUGAUUGACCUAUAAGAAAAAGAUUUGUAAUGCAUGAUUGCAAUACGACUGCGAUGCUUUUGCACAGGAUAAACAAGCCACCAAGCCACAGGCUUGUUCUGGGAGU